AUGGCAAAAUUGUCAAUUGGCCAAGAGUUGAAAAAUGUAAUACUAGUCGAAUUUAGAUUGUCGACUGUUUUUGUACUGUUUCUUAUACUAGGUACUGUUAAUUCUGACAAAGAUAAUCGGACUAACAAUCAUACGGAUCAGUUGAAGGUGAAUUUAAUUUUUUUUUGUUAUACAAGAGUUUGUUGUAGAGGGGUUUUAUUGUGUAAAACGAAAAUUUAGAAAGUUUUACUUUCACAAAUUUUUUUGAAAUUUUAAAAUUUUUUUUCAGGAAGUGAUCUUAAGAAGUUUCAUAGAGAAGAAGCCUGACUUGUCUGGAUUACGAGUGGAAAGCGAUAAACCGGCUGGCGAAGCGUUUCUUGGUUAUAGGUGAGUACAUAUUUAAAAUGUAUAAGCAUUGACAUUGUAAAUUUUACUCUAUUUAAUUCUUUAGCUUAGGUGUAGUAGGCUUAUGCUUAAUACGCUUGUUCUUAGUAGGCUUAAACUUAUGUUUAGUAGGCUGAGACAAUGGGUUUGGGCUUAGUAGGCUUUGCUUUAGUAGGUUGGGUCUUAUUAAGCCUAGGUUUAGCAAACUUAGGCUUAUUAGGUUUAGGUUAAGUAGGCUUAUACCUAAUAGCCUUAAGCUUAAAAAUUUUAAGUUCGUAUUUGUGUAAAGUAGUGCAAGUAAAGCGUAAUAGUUCGAAGAAAAUGGGAGUAAAAUCCCAGCACUCGCAGUCAUUUGUUGGGUCCUUUUACACCGAGGCAAAUAUUACAAAAGUAAGUAAUAAUACAUCAUAAAACGUUGCGUAAUAUCAAUUAUGACAAUUUCUCUAAGGCUAUUCUGUUACAGCAAUGAUAUUAAGCAACACCGCAAGAAUUUAUAAGCCUAAGUUUUCUAGUCUUGCUUUUAGUGGGCUUAGAAUCAGUACGUUUUGUUUAGUAAGCUUAAUUUAGUAGACGUAGGCUUAAUAAGUUUAAUAAAAGUAGGUACAAACGUUACUUUUUCCAAAGCUAAUUGCACUCUAAACUUUAACUUUUUCUAAAUUUUAGUCCACGCGGAGUAACAAUAGUCCGUCCAAACCUUCUGCUUCGAGUAGUCCUCUUUGGUCGGAGCCUAGAUGAAAUUGACGUGGUAGGCUUUACACCCUCAUCUACAUGCCGAAAUGUCAUCUCUAACGUGUCACAAGCCGACUUCUUCGUACAAACUGAUAAGCGUAUCAUCUUCGAAUACACCUUCCUCCAACUGCCAGACAGUACCAGUUUGUACCAGUUUUGUUGGAAACAGAAAAAUCGACAGAAUUCAGAUGGCAUAGACGUGGAGUUACCGUAUGUAGCUGUAAACGAGUUGCAUACUAGUAUUUCGAUUACUGUACCACUGAGAGAGUACUACUUCCCACUGCCAUUUCAAAUAGUACUCAUGAUAGUACUAUUAGUGCUGUCUGGACUGUUUUCUGGACUAAACUUGGGAUUAAUGGCUUUGACACCACAGGAAUUGAUGUUGAUAUCAAAAAGUGGUGGGUUUUAAAAUUAAUUGGUUUUCCAAUAAAUUUGUGACAUUACGCUGUGUUUUUCGAUAAUUUUGUGGCGUUUUGUCUAAAUAUUUUUUAAAAACAUUUUAAAAUUGAACAAAAUAGUUUUUUAUGUAAAAAUGGCAUGCUUUUGGUAGUUUUAAAUUGAAAUUUUUUUCAAUACUUUUUGUGACAUUGCGCUACUGUUUCCAAUAAUUUUGUGACAUUUCGUCAAAACGCUUAAAAUACUUUUUAAGACAUUUUUUAUGAUUAAAAAGAGUAGUUUUUAUCAUAAAAAUUUAAAUUAUUUUUAGUUAUCUUUUUUCCGAUACUUUUUGUGACAUUACGUUACAUUUUCCGAUAAAUCACUGACAAUUCGUCUAAAAGUAAAAAAUUAUUUUUAUGUGUAAAAUACAGCUUCAACAAAUAAAAAAACUAAGUUUGCUGAUUACCCAUUUUUCCAAUACUUUUGUGACAUUAUGUCACUUUUUCCAAUAACUUUGUGGCAUUUCGUCAACAUCUAAAAAUAUUCUGACAAAUACUUUUUUUACCAAAAAGAUAACUUUAAGUUGUAAAAUACUUAAUUAAAAAUUACUUUAUCUUUAGGAUCGGACAAAGAACGAGCGUUUGCUGAGAUAGUACUGCCAGUACGAUUAGCUGGUAAUCAAUUACUGUGCUCUUUGUUGAUUGGAAACGUGUUGGUCAACUCAGCUAUCUCAAUAUUGUUUGACGAUUUGACUAGUGGUUACAUUGCUCUUAUUGUAUCUUCAGCUGGAAUUGUGGUUUUUGGCGAAAUUUGUCCGCAAGUAGGUUACGGUAGUAUACUGUAGGGUAGAGUAGGGUAUGGUGAUAUUAGGGUAGGGUAAUGUGGGGUAGAGUAAUGUGGAGUAGAGUAUGGUGGGGUAUAACGUAAAUUGUAGGCUAGACAAAUUUUCCAAAAGUUUUUGACACUCCGUUCUAUUUUCCAAUAUCUUUGUGACAUUUUGUCUUUUAGCGUUUUAAACAUCAGUCUUUAGGCGUAGAGAGUUAUGGUUCAUACUUAAUAAAAUAGAACAUCAUUCUACAGUAUCUAGAUACAGUUUUCUCUAAGCUUACUGUAUCUAACCCUUCUUUUUCAGGCAGUUUGUGUCAAAAAAGGUCUGGAAGUAGGUGCCCGUACCAUCUGGGUGACCAAGUUCUUCAUGGCCAUAACCCUGCCAAUAGCCUAUCCUAUUAGCAAGAUCCUAGACAAGAUCUUAGGCCUAGAAGGCGUGUCGUACGAUCGUCGUCGCUUAAUGGAGAUGAUCAAGAUGACCACGAGGUACGAAGAAAGUAUGGCAGAUGAGCUGAAGAUUGCAGUCGGAGCGAUGGAAAUCAAUGAUAAGACGGUGACAGAGGUGAUGACCAAGAUUGAUGACGUUUUUAUGCUACCCGACACUACCGUACUCAACACGAAGACUGUAGCCGAAGUGCUACGGAUGGGUUAUACUAGGAUCCCGGUGUACUGUAGCGACCGUAACAAUGUGGUGGCGCUACUGUUUGUGAAGGAUUUGGCUCUUCUGAAUCCGGAUGACAACUUUACGAUCAAGACGGUGUGUUCUUAUCACGAACAUGCGUUAAGGUUUGUCAUGGAAGAGACCCCGCUGAGGGUCAUGUUGGAAGAGUUCAAGAAGGGCGAUUACCACUUGGCUAUGGUGCAGAGGGUGAUUCAGGUAAGGGUGGGGGUUGGAAUGGCAAGAACUUUCUUUAAAAAUCAAAAAAUGGCAAGAACUUUUUUUACAAAACACGUUUUUAACUUUAGAUCGAUGACCAAGACCCAGGUUACGAGCUGACAGGUGUAGUCACUUUAGAAGACAUUGUUGAAGAGAUUUUACAAGAAGAAAUUGUCGACGAAACUGAUGUUAUCAUAGACAAUGUCAACAAAACAAGGCGGAGAAAGACUAUUGUAAGUUUAAUUUCUACUCUACUCUAUCUUACUGUUGUAUAAUAUCUACCAUAGAGUAGGCUCUACCUUAAAUACCUAACCUUACUGUAAACCUUAGACAGUAUGCUUUAUCUUAAAGCAUGUCUUACCGUACAGUAAACCGUCCCUGUAAACUCUACCAUACAGCAUGCUCUGCUUUACAAUAGCCCUACGAUAAAUAUAUGCAUUGCCUUACAGUAUACAUACUUCUACGAUAUGUUUAGCUUUAAUCCUAUCGCUAACUUUGCUAUAUCCUAAUUUAAAUAUAAUGCUUCAGAUGCAUGACUACACAAAUUGUUUCAUGGACACGGACGCUGAAGCAUGCUUGAUAUCGAUUCAGAUGCAAGUGGUUACCGUUCAAUGGUUAUCGACCAAUCAUAAGGUCUUUCACGAGUGUUACAUUGGAAAGAACGUUCUCGAGAAAGUUAUACGACAGAACGUUCAUAAGGUAAGGGUAGGGUAGGGUAGGGUAGAGUAGGGUAGGGUAGGGUAGGGUAGGGUAGGGUAGGGUAGGGUAGGGUAGGGUAGGGUAGGGAAGGGUAGGGUAGGGUAGGGUAAAAAAAAUUUAAAAAAAAAGUACUUUUUCAGAUAGAACUGAUUCACCUGAAGGACAACAUGAACAUUUUACCACCAAAUGCCAGGUUGUAUUUGAAAAAAGAGCCUUCGGACAAGUUUAUAUUGAUAUUGGAAGGAAGAGUUGCUGUCACCAUUGGAGAAGUAGGUCGUUUUAGUCUAAUUUACGUUUUUAUAUUGUGAAAGACAUUUAAAAAUGACAUUUUUUGAUUUAAAAAAAUAUUUUAUAAUUUUUAACUUUCCAAUACUUUUGUGACACUUCGUCACAUUUUUUAAUAACUUUUGUGAAAUUUCCUGUACAGGCUUAAAACGUCGUUUAAAACUAAAAAAUCUUUAAGCGAUUGUUUCUUUAGCCCAGUGUUUUGCCGGACCGGUCCGGAAAAAAUUUUUUUUUUUUAUUUUAAUAAAAUUGUUUUAAAAAUUGCAAAUAAAACAUAUUUUUAAGAGUUUUUAAACGUAAAGAAAGCAGUUUUAGCGCUCCUGGCUCUUUUUAAAAAUAAAAAAAAAAUUUUCCGGACCGGACCUGACCUUUUUGGUCCGGACCGGACCGGACCGAAAAAAUUCUCAUCUGGACCGGUCCGGCAAAACACUGCUUUAGCCUGUAUUUUACAAUAAUUUUGUUUUUUUUUAGUUUUUUUUGAAAAUUUUGACAUUUCGCCACAUUUUCCAAUAUUUUUGUGCCAUUUCGUUACGUACUUAAAAAGUUAUGAAAAACUGAAAAAUCUUUUUAUAAUAUGUAGACAUUGCAGUCGCGUAUUUUACUUUAUUUUUCUAUUUUUUUGAUUUUUUAUGAAUGUCACCAAUUAUUUUGUGACAUUUCGUCACAUUUACCAAUAAGUUUCGUGACGUUUUGUUACAUUUUACUUUUUGCUGAUAAUAUAUAUUCUCAGGGUCAUUUUUAAGUUUUGUUAUUAUAUUUUUCUUAAUUUUUGUGUUUUUUAAUUAUUUUUAAUUUACGUCACAUUUUCCUAUAAUUUUUGUGACAUUUCGUCAAAAUUAAAUUUUCAGUUAAGUUCUACUGAUUCUUUUUAUAAAAUGGAUUGAAAAUGCAAAUUUAAUCUCAUUUCUAUUUUGUUUUGACAUUUCCAGACCAAUAUGACAUUCGAAGCCGGGCCAUGGCAUUGUUUUGGCAAAGAGUUGCUCGAUGUUCUUCAUGAUGACAUAAACAAGAACAAGUUGAUGGACAAUUGCCACUCAAGCCCAAAAGUCUCUACCGUAUUUAACGAUGUUGAGAUGAAGCGUUUAAUGUUUAUUCCAGAUUAUACUGUGGUAAUCAAGGAUCAAUGCACCUAUUUGGAAGUUACUCCACAAACAUAUCUGCUGGCCUUUAAAUCAACCUUGAUUACUCGAAAUCGGAACGAGUUCAUGGUAAGAAAAUUUACUUUGUAAUGUAAAAAUAGGUGUUUUACAGUUAGUAUGGAUCCAAAAUGUCACAUCUUAAGGGGAUGAUGAAUAUGCAUUGAUUUAUAUUAACCAUGACAUUAGAUGGUCAAGGAUAAUAUAAAUUGAUAUAGCUCAGUCAAGAACACAUAUUUUUGUUCGAGAACUUGAUUGCUUUGUCUUGAAACACGUAUUUUACAAGUUUUAAACACAAUUUUAAAAUUUUUAGAGAAAAAUUUUAAAAAUAUCAAUUUAUAUUAACCGUGACACCAGGUGGUCAAGGAUAAUAUAAGAUGCUGAUUAAUAAAAAUUUUUUGACUAAUUUAAACAACGUGAAAAGUUCUGACGCAUUUUACAAUUGAGGCUGACAUAAAAGUAAAAGUUUGUAAAAAUAAAGACAGAAAAUAUCAAUUUAUAUUAACCAUGACAUCAAAUGGUCAAGGAUAAUAUAAAUUGAUAUAACUCACUCAAAAUCUCAAAGUUUUUACCAAAAACUUUACUACAUUGUCUUGAAAGACGUAUGUUACAAAUUUUCUGACACAAUUUUUAAUUUCCUUAAUAAAUUUUAAAAAACAUCAAUUUAUAUUAACCAUAACAUCAGACGGUCAUAGAUAAUAUAAGCCCCUAAUAUAUGAAAAAUUUUUGAUUAAUUUAAAUCACACCAUAAGCCUAUACGUAUUUUACAAUUCUAGCUUACUUAAAAGUAAAAUUUUGUGAAAAAAAUGUCGAAAAAACAUCAAUUUAUGUUACCCAUAACAUCAGAUGGUCAAGGGUUAUAUAAAUUAAUAUAGCAUAGUAAAAAAUGCAUAUUUUUAGUCGUGAGCUUUAUUACUUUGUCUCGAAAGACGUAUUUUACACGUUUUUCCAACAAAAUUUUUAUUUUUUUUCGAAAAUUUCAAAAAACAUCAAUUUAUAUUAACCAUGACCUCCAUAUUUAAUGGUUAACAUAAUCACUCUAUACCUUUUCAGGAAAAACAUCCCAGUGACUUUGAUGACAUUCAUUUGCAUAAAACAACAUCUGAGAGUGUUUUAAAAAAGUGUAACAACAAUUCGACUCCCGCAACGCCUGCGGCACGCAUUAAAAAGAGUGGCACUGGGGCCAAGUUGAGUAUGGGGAAUGAAAGAAGUUUUGAUGGGUUAAAAUAA